CGCAAACUUGGGCACGAACCAACGCACCAAACAUCCACGUAGCUCCAGACAAAGGAAACACGAGCUCGGUUACCGCGAUCUGCUUGUUUACCGUGGCUUAUUGAACGCUAAAGCUCAUCAGUAUUUUUGGUCAUCCGUUUAUAUGGCACCUUGGCCCUGGUGGCAGCAGCUCUGGUGGCCAGUUUACAUUGUAACAGUGCGGUAUUGGAGGAAUAAGUCAUGGUGCAUGUGUGUGUGUGUGUGUGAGAGAGAGAGAGAGAGAGAGAGUGAGUGUGUUUUAUGGCUUCAUGGUUGGGUUUGAUGGUCAGUCUGUUCUAAUCGCAGCGGGAGUGUGUGUGGGGGAUGUGGGGGCGUCUUGAUGCUGUCAGACAGGAUGUAGGGGAGGAUCUAUUGGAGCAGGAUUACCAGACCAUUUUUGGUGAAGGCGCAUCGUGGAGUUCUGAUCACGGUUGACGCAUUGCACUCCUCGCGUUCUGGCUGCUGGUCCAUUAUCAUUAUAUAAUCAUACUCAUGUAAUCCAGUCAUUUUUUUACUAAGGUAGCAUACGAUUACACAGACUACAGCUCGCCCCCUCCCUCCCCCCGAGGAUCCAUUUAUGCAGCUCCUGCUGAGCAACCUAUGAAUGCCAAUUAUAAAUGUGGAGAACAGAUAACCCUAAGGCGCGGUGUCUGUCUGCAUUUGUCUGAGAGAACGAGAGAGGGAGCAGCACAAAUACCGCACAGCCAGACAUCAUGCAAGGAGAAACCUCCCCUCGCUGCAGAGUGCUGAAAUGUUAGGACUGAAGAGCGACUGUGUCAGAUCAAAUCAGCAGACUGUUUACAUCAGGGGGGGCGAUAAGAGCUGCUUGACACUAGACUCACCGACACCCUGUGUGUGGUUUAAGGCCCCUUUCAAUCACAAUCCAGAGAAUCAGGAAAAGACGUGUUAACCAAUCUUUCAUCAGCACAUUUUUUCCUGUUAGAUUCAGCAAUCUAGAAACGGGCUGAGAUGGAGUGGUCACUAGAGAAUGUGAGGGAGAUGGUGGCUGGAGGGAUGCAGUCUAUAAGGGAGUGUGAGAUCUGUGCAUUUGCCAUAGCCAUGUGUGUGCUGCUGCUGUUUAUGUGGUAUUGUUACAGGGUGGGCCGGGAGCAUGGUUCCAGCCCCCUGCGUGGGAGGUAUCUGGCCGGGCCUGGCCGGAUCGGAGGAGUGGUGGGGGGCUUCAUGAGUUCAGACUGUCGCGGCAGGGGGAAAGGGAAACACGGAUCAAUGCUGGAAGAGCAGAAUGGCUUCGCUUUCUGCCAGUCGUCAGAGUGUUUCCGCUGCACCAGUGCUGGAGAAAGCCUGAACCAGAGGCUUUAUCACAGCCUGCAGGAUUACGCCAAGCGCUACACCUGGUCAGGUAUGGGCAGGGUGCAUAAAGGAGUCCGCGAUCAAGGCCGAUACCUUAACAGCCGACCAACCAUCCAGAGGCCGGAGGUCUUCUUUCUCCCCGACCUCCCAUCAGCCCCUUUCUUCUCCAGGGAGGUGCAGAGACACGACGUGGAGCUUCUGGAGCAGAGUUUCCCCGCCCUCCUCGCUGAGUUUGAGAGCAUCUACCACCAGCCUCCUGCCCGCAGCGGCUCCUCCCUCCCACCGGGGUGGAAGGCCAACAGCACUCCUCGCGGGCAGUGGUGGACCUACUAUCUGGUCAACCAAGGCACCCCUCUGGUUCUUAAUGUCAGGAGAUGCCCACGGGCGUGGAGGGUGCUGGGCCAGCUGCGCACCUUCAUCGCCAACAAUGUGUUCGGCAACGCCUGCUUCUCUGUGCUGACGCCCGGAGCUCUGAUCACCGAGCAUUACGGUCCAACAAAUGUCAGACUGCGCUGCCACCUGGGUCUCAGAGUGCCCCCGUCCUGUGAGCUUGUAGUUGGUGGAGAGCCACAGUGCUGGUCUGAGGGCAGCUGUCUGCUUUUUGACGACUCCUUCCUCCACAGGGCCUUUCACGAGGGCGGCGCAGAGGAUGGCCCCAGGGUGGUCUUCAUGGUGGACCUCUGGCACCCCAACGUGGCUGCUGCUGAGAGGCAAGCCUUGGACUACAUUUUUACUCCAGGCCGUUUGGAGGACAAGGAGGGGAAAUAGGUGUGAGUGAGAAACCAUGUCCAGGCGAGAGACAGAUUGCCUUUAGGGAAGUGUCUGUAGGAUUGGGGAGCAACUCUUUUUUUCCUCCUCCAGACCAGCUCUCACAUUCACUGUGUACAUAUUCUCCGGCUCUUACAGUAACUCUCAUAACUCUUCUUAGCAGAUGACUAAACAUUGGGCCUCUUUUAUCAAACGUUCAUGUUUUUGCUUGUAUAGUAAAAGACAGCCACCCUUAAAAGUACUUACUUACAUUUUUCAAAACUUAACAGGCGCACAGUUGUUCAUGCAACCAGUUUAUUAGUGCGUAUUAAUACCAUGAUAGUGAAAUUUUAGGUUAUGUUGCUAUUUUACUUUGAGUCAUUGAAUGUUCUGUUAAUGUGCGCACAGAUGAAUGAUUUGACUCAACAGUAAAACUUUUGCCCAACAAUUUCCACCAAAUACACAGUUUCUCAUUUCCUUUAACUUUGGGCCAAUUCUGGAGGAAAAAUCUAUCUAUCUAAGAUUCUACACACAUCUCAUAUCAGUUUUAUUUUGGUUGUUGCUUGAAACAAUUCAACAGUUUACUGAUAGAGAGCAAAGUACUCCAGCUAUGCCACAGCUAUGAUAACUGACUCUUAGCGAGCCAAACAAUAACGUGUCACACUCUUGCUGUUAUGCUUCACAGCACAAAUAGGUCCAUAGGGCAACCUAUUCUAUUUGCUAUACAUGAACUGGAGUCAUUGAGUAAGCAUUUAUGGGCCUCAAACUCUUCCCAGGCAUUGGGAGAGACACAACACAAUAACCUAUUACUUUACACUUAACAUCUAACACAUAUUACUGAUUCUUUUACACUUACUGAAACACCCACACGCAUUUCCACUAAGGGCUAAGAAAUUUGAUCAUUCAAUUUUUUAUAUUACUCAACACAUCCAGUCCCACUUCAAAUUAAAGGGUUGACUCUAACUAAGACAUGGCUGUCAGUGUGUUCUUGUGCAUUUUUUUAUUUCAGAAAUGCCCACUUUCAAAUGUGCGACAAACCUUCGACUGUUCAAAUUUUGAUGAAUGACUGGACUCUUUCCUGCUUGCAGAAUGUCAGUGAUUGUAGCAUCCAUUAUGACGAAUGUAAAAUCACAGUGAAAGUAAUGCUAAAGCUAAGGAACCACUGCUAGAACACUGGCUGGUUUCCUGUGGAAAAGGCUCUAAUAAACACACUGAAUGAUACAGGAUGAUUAGAUAAGCCGAUGUGGGAUAUAUCUUUAAAUUGAAUUUUGAGCUUGGUUAGUCUCAGGUUGCACAGUUAGGAUUUUAUGACACUCUGACUAAACUGGCAACUGUUUAUAGAUAAAUAAACUAAAUACAUUGCAGACAGUGCUAUGACAGCGUUGUAAUAGUAACAAUGAAAUGUUCUUGUGUUUAUCGUAAUAGAUUCAUCCAUAUGUGGUUUGAUAACUGAGGCCCAAUGUCAAUCAUGACAUGAAUGUUUACAGACGCAGCUAAUGUCUCUGUCAUGACUCCUGCUGGUGUGGUAGUUUAUCGUGCUCCCCUUUGAAAAUCAGUCCUGCUUUCACAAGACAUGGUUAGAGAAGCACAUUUUUAGGUCAAAUCGUGUGAGUUGGGCCUGUGCUGUAACACUGGAGAUGAAGUGUUUUUGGUAAAUUUACUAAACUCUUGUAAUUUGGUUGUAUUUGAUAUCAGGUUUGUAUUUCUGUACAUAGGGUUGAGGUUAAAAAAAUGACUGAGCAGUCUGAGAUGUUUUGAAAUGAUUGUCUUCAAUGCUAUAACUAUUGUGUUGUCUUGAUUUACAGCUAAAGUGACUGCAUUUCAUCCUCUGUUCUCAUCCAUGAAGUCAUUUUGAUAGAUUCAAUUUGUAGAUUCUGUAAAAUGUUUAUGAAGUAUUAUCUGUUGUUCUGUGAUGUUUUUUUAUUUUAUCACUGUAAUUUUCCUGCUCCAUAUGGUAUCCAUUAUUAAAACCACAAUCCUUAAUUCUUCAGCAGCACUUCAUGGAUAUAUGUGCACAGUCUAAAAGGUAGUGAAAAUUAAUCUUCAGCAGCUUUACUAGUCCACUGCAAUUCAAGAGAAUUAUCUAUUCAUUUCUAAUGUUUACAAAAGUAUGAUCAUUUAUGAGCUGUUUACAACAUGGGACGACACUGGCACUCACAUUGAGCUGUCCAUGAUUAGGUUUCAAAUCAAGAGUGCCGUUAAUCCACUUUAGAGUAUGAAAACUGUCAUUCCCAAAGCAUUUGCUUUACAUAUACAGUAUGUGAUGGGGCAACCAUUUUGUUUACAUUUGGAUUAAGGAUCUGUCCUUUAACACAUUCUUGUGUGGAUUUUGAACAGUAUUUCUGUACAUUUAAUAAAUGGUCGAGUAUCUUAUUUAA